AUGUUCAUGCUUCUUUGUAACCAUGUGGUCAAUUCGCUACUGCCACUCGACUCUCUGAUCAUCGGGAGUCGCAACUUGGAACGUGGCAACAAGGUAAAACUCAAGCUCGAGAAAUACACCAAUCGCCCCGACAUGAUUCAAAUCCAGGAGCUCGAGAUGAAUAGCUUCCAAAGCGUGAAAAGCUUCGCUAACCGCGCCAAUACUCAGCUCAAGCGGCUUGAUAUCGCGCUGCUUGCUGCUGGAUUGUGGAAUCGCGAGUUCGCGUAG